AUGGAUGAUUUCAACAGUGAAACGGACAGUGACUACACUAGUUACUGGAGGGACUGGUUUAUCUCCUCCCGAGGCAAUGAAUACUUCUGCGAAAUCGACGAGGACUAUCUUACUGAUAGGUUUAACCUCACUGGGUUGAAUACCGAAGUGCAAUACUAUCAAUAUGCGCUCGACCUAGUCACUGAUGUGUUUGAUCUGGACUGUGACGAUGAGAUGCGAGAAACGAUAGAGAAGUCAGCCAGGCAUCUGUACGGACUUGUCCACGCUAGAUAUAUUGUCACCACAAGAGGUCUAGCAAAAAUGCUCGAGAAGUACAAGAAGGCGGACUUUGGCAAAUGCCCACGAGUGAUGUGCAAAUCACAUCCUUUAUUGCCGAUGGGGCAAUCGGAUAAUCCGAACGUCAAGGCGGUGAAACUCUACUGUGCGAGAUGCGAAGAUAUCUAUAACCCUAAAUCCUCUCGGCAUUCAGCAAUAGACGGAGCGUAUUUCGGUACCUCCUUUCAUAAUAUCAUAUUCCAGGUCUACCCUGCGCUCAUUCCCACCAAGAGCUACGAGAGAUAUACCCCCCGGAUCUACGGUUUCAAGGUCCAUGCACCAGCAACAUUAAUUAGGUGGCAACAUGGAGAGAGAGACGACAUGCGACGACGUCUUAGAAAACUCGAGAUUGAGAGCGGAUUCAAGGAUGAUGAGGAGGAUCUCGAUGCGGGGGAUUCAGAAGAGGAGGAGGAAGAACUUGAAGAUGAGGCCGUUAUGGAGGUAUUACAGAAUGGGCAGCUGGCAGCUGGGGACCCGACCGCCCAAGUCUAA